UAAGAUCUCCAUCCCGAUUCUCUCUCCGGAUUACGCUUACAGCAAAUGGUGUCUUCGCGAGCUCGCCCGGAUGAUCGAGUGCAAGAGAAGUGAAGGGCACAUCGUCUUGCCCAUCUUCUACAAAGUCGAGCCCGGGCAUGUGCGACACCAGACGGGGAGUUUCGGAAAGGCCUUUCAUAAAAUUAAGAAGCAUUAUGAGGCAGAUGUGGUCCAACGAUGGGAGCGAGCUCUCCAAGAAGUAGGAAGCUUAAAGGGAUGGGAAUCAGAGAGAAUUGCUAACGGACAUGAAGCUGAGUUGGUAAAGAUAAUUAUCAGGAAGGUUUUGGGCGAGUUAAAGGAAGCUUUUGCGUUAGACAUCACGGAGAACUUGGUCGGGAUUAGUAAUCAUGUAGAGGAGAUUAUGAGAAUGUUAAAAACUGAUGACACUGAUACUGAUUUGUUGGAAUCCACGGAAUGGGCGGUGUUGGUAAGACGACUCUGGCCAAGUUCAUCUACAAUAAACUCUCCAGUCAGUUCGAUCACUGUAGCUUCUUGGCAGAUGUGCGAGAAACAGCAAAAGACAGGGGUGCCCACCAUUUGCAGAACCAACUAAUCUCCAAUAUUCUAAAAGGAAAACACAAUGACAUCUCCAAUGUCGAUGAAGGACUUAGAAUCAUCAAAACUAGAUUUAAGCAUAAGAAAGUCCUCAUCCUUCUCGAUGAUGUGGAUGAUGUUUCUCAGUUGAACUGUUUGGCUGGAAAACGUGAUUGGUUUGGUUCCGGAAGUAAGAUCAUUAUUAUGGCAAGAAAAGUGAGUUUUCUUGAUGAGGCUCAGGUGGAUAACUCGUAUGCACUCAAUGGAUUGGAUCCUGACAACUCUUUGCUUCUUUUUAGUAGACAUGCAUUCAGAAGGGAUUUCCCUUUGCCUGAAUUUGGGGAUCUCUCGCGUGAAAUUGUGUCCACUACAGGAGGGCUCCCUUUAGCACUCGAGGUUAUAGGAUCGUUCUUGUGCGGAAAACGCCUAGUAGUAUGGAAAGAUACAUUAAAGAAGAUACGGCAAAUACCAGAUAAGGAAGUGCAAGAGAAGUUAAGGGUAAGUUAUGAAGCAUUAGAUUAUGAGCAAAAACAGAUAUUUUUGGAUAUUGCCUGUUUUUUCACCGGAACUGAUGGAAGAAUUGCAUCCUAUAUGUGGGAUGACUGUGAAUUUUUCCCAGGGAUGGGUAUUGAAGCAUUGAGUGUGAUGUCCUUGAUAAAAGUGGGAAAUGACCAUAGGCUGUUAAUGCAUGACCAACUGAGAGAUCUAGGUAGGGAAAUCGUCCAGCAGGAAAACUACGAGGAGCCCUGGAAACGUAGUCGCGUAUGGAUUCACAAGGAAGCCUUACAUGUUCUAGAGAAAAACAAGGGAACUAGAAAGAUAAAAGCCCUCCGUCUUAAUAAAAGUGGCUUAGGCAGGGUGUACAGCAAUGUACUGUUUGAAAAGCUACCGAACUUAAGGUUCCUUGAGAUGAAUAAUUUCAUCCUCUCUGGAGAUUUUGAGUAUGUUCUUUCUGAACUACGAUGGCUUUAUUGGAAAAAUUGUCCAUCAAAUUUGGUAGCAACCAACUUUCAUGUGAAGAAAUUAGUCAUACUUGACUUAUCAAGGAGCAAAGUCACAGAGCAUUGGGAAGGAUGGAAACUUAUGGAUGUGGCAAGUAAUCUGAAAGUUCUCAACAUUGCUAAUUGCCGUGACUUGAAAACAUCUCCUGAUCUCACAGCUUUUCAAAAUCUGGAGAUUUUAAUUCUUGGAAAAUGUGAAAAUCUAACAAAAUUGCACCCUUCUAUUGGAAGCAUCAGCAUUCUGAUUUCCUUGGAUGUGAGAGACUGUUUCAGACUCAAGGAACUUCCAAUAGGAGUGGGGCAGCUACAAGAAUUAGAGGAGCUUUUUAUGGAUAGAACUCGGAUGGAAGAAAUUCCCGUAUCUAAAGGUUCAAUGAAGAAGCUCAGGACUCUUAGUGCCCAGUAUUGUGAAUCAUUGGCUCGAAUACCCAGCUUGUUAAGCCAUCUAGCAUCUCUGUCAACCCUUGAUUUUACGGGAUGCAGAAAGCUUGCUGAACUUCCAGAUGCCCUAGGGUGCCUUCAGAAACUGCAGCGCUUAUCAUUAAAAGAAUGUAGCUCAUUGAGAGGGAUCCCCAACUCAAUUGGCAAGUUGGAAUGUUUAACUGAGCUGGACAUAUCGUUCACAGGAUUUACAGAGUUACCUGAAUCCAUUGGAGACUUGAGUAAUUUAGAAGUUCUGCAAAUGGUGCGGUCACAUGUAACAAGGUUACCUAGUGUUAUUGGGAUGUUGGGGAAACUCACCACAUUAGAUGCCACAAAUUGCAACAUCCUGGCAGAAGUUUGUAGUAAUAUUGGUGAAUUGUCUUCAUUGAAGGCCCUUCGAUUGUUGGGGACAGAAAUUUGUGGCUUGCCAGAAAGCAUUUGUAAGCUUUCUUGUCUCCAAGACCUCAACUUACAAGGGUGCAAGAAGCUCCAAUUGCUGCCAAACCUACCCUCUGGCUUGAGAACUCUAGGUCUCACUUGUCAGAGUCCUACAUUGCCAAUCCUUUCCAACCUGACAAAUCUAAAGGAACUCUCUGUCCUAGAAUGCACUACACUUGAAUGCCUCCCAGAGCUUCCCUCCAAACUGUCAAAGCUUUCCUUUAUAGGAUGCCAAAUGUUGAGAAAGUUGCCAGAUUUGUCAACCUUGAAGCAUCUUUCAGAAUUGAGUCUGACAGUUUGCUCUGAACUGAGAGAAGUCAAAGGUCUGGAAGGAUUAGUAUCACUCACAAUGUUGGAUGUGUUGAAGUGCCCAAAGUUAUCUAGGCUUGGUAAGGUAGAAUGUUUGAUGUCUCUGAGGUGCUUAAAGAUGGGACCUUCGGAAGCAUUAGAGAGGUUGAUGGAUCGCUCGAACUGA